UAAUAGCUUAAAAUAAACUGAACGAAUCACUAGCGCCACCUAUCGAUGACUGUGAUUAUUGUUCUUAUUCGUGACUCGGGUCUAUAUUCUAGGUUGCAAUGAGAAAAGUGCUAUAAGUCAUAAGUGGGUCGUUGAUUAUUUUUGUGAUUUACGCUAAUUCUUUAAUGGAGCAUAAACUUCGUUGAUUUUGAAGGAUAAAAAUGUGAAAUAAAUAUACAAGUUUUACUCCGGGAUGAUGAACGGCUACAACACGAGCAUCCCACUCGCUAACGGACAUGGGGGCACAUUAGAGACCACUGGACACGGCACUGGGGUCACAUCGCUGAGUAAUGGACACGUCCCUGGGGUCACAUCGCUGAGUAAUGGACACGUCCCUGGGGUCACACCCCACCGUAGACAUCCUGGCACAGACAUCCCAAAGCUAUGCGUCCAGCCCGACACGCCCGUCCCCCCCUCGAACCACGGCACACCCGGCCCGGGGGACAAAACCGGAAGUUUGCCUGCCAUAACGCCACGCCCACUAGUGACCAACCCCAAGCAUGUGCAGGUCAACACGACCCCAAGGAAUACCGUGGACCCCAAAUCUGGGUUCAACACGACCCCAAGGAAUACCGUGGACCCUAAAUCUGGAUUCAGCACAGGUCGAAGUGUAGCCGUUUCUCUUGGGUACUCCAGGGUGAGCAGCACGAUCCCCAACAAGCACCUGAAGCAAGGUCAAGAUAUUCAAGACGGCUACGGGCCCCAGUGUAUCCCCCUGGGUCCCCGACAAGGCCACGCCCCCCAGAACUUCACCCAGCCCACCCCCAGCAGUAGCUGCAACAACGGGAAGCCUUUCGUCUUCUCCAGGGCCAACCAGAACCCUCUGGACAACUUCAGCAAGUUUUCCCGGGCCUACAACAUCGGAAGUGACGUCACCAGCGGGAUGGGGCACAUCUCGCUCCCUCCACUGCUGAACCUCUUCUCCGACACCCCCACCCCCAGCGAGGUGUCCAGCAUAGCCCCGGGGUCCGGGCGACAGCAGCCUCUAUCAGCGUCCUCCAACAACCCCGGCCACGGGCCAGCCACCAAUGGCAUGAUCCCGUCCCCCAUGCACAGGAGCUCUCUCCAAACUCCACGAAGCGUGGCCAGUACGCCAAAGUCUGUUCAGAACGGAGACUCGUCCAACAGUCACGUUUUCCUGGAGCCGGCUCUCCCCAAACAGGACUGGCUCCACUAUAAACCUCUGCCGUCGACGACAUCCUCCACCGUCGAUGGCAGCGACAACGACUCCCAGAGCAUAGCAGUGCCGGGCAGUGCCAUCUCCAACUACCCCCGGUCCGAGGUGUCCAACUACCCCCGGUCCGAGAUGUCCGGCUUCCCCAGCCCCCGGCACUCGGCCAACAUGCAGGUCAGGAACUCGCAGAAGCGAGCUCUCUCCAUCUCACCUUCCCUGUCAGACGGCCUUGACCUGAACCACAUCCGCCUGUCCCCCACCUCCCUGGGACCGUACCUCCAGUCGAGGAACUCCUCCACUAGCGGCUCCCCCCAGCCCGGUCAGCUCGGCUCCUUCUCCCACCUCUCGGCCAGGAACAGCAGCCCCUACUCCCAGACCGGCUCUGGACAAAAGCGCGUCAACUACACGCCGUUUAGCAUCCAGUCAGGUCUGAAGAACGAGAACGUGGACUUUCUUGGGAUGGGAGCUUCAGAAAACAGCGUCUUUGAAGAGAUUAUGCGGAACUCUUUUGUCGCUAGGCGGGACGAGAUGCCUUAUAUUGAGCAAAACUGUGCUAUGGGGAUUUUCCCAACUGGCAUGGGGUUGGAUAAUUUUUUUAGUGAACAGAUUGAAAACACUGAUUACAAUACUGGUCUGGGGGCUAUGGAGACCAGCUGCAUGAUGAAUGAAGGAAUCAACGCAGCCAACACCAGGGUCAUGCAGUCCAGCGUAGGUACAGGCGUGUCUUUAAACAGUAUACCCCCACCCCCAUUGUACAGUGAAGCCAUGGAACAACAGCGCAACCAUCACCAUCACCACAACCAACCGUACCACAACCAUCACCAUCUCACACCCCAACACGGCACCAUCUCUCAAGCUCACAAUAACGCCAGCCCCCACCAACAGACUGGUUUGGGUUCGAACCUCAUCAACACCAACAUGCAGGUGGUUAACCCGGUAGCGCCUGCAGGACUGACGGGUAUCCCCAUGGUCAUGAGCCCAGCAUCCGCGGGCAUCACGGGGUUGAGCCCCGCCUAUGUCCCCGACAGCGGGACCCAGACGGGCGGGCAGCGGGGGGAGGAGGGGGAGGAGGAUGACCCUAACGUGUGUCGCUGGGUGGACUGUGGCCAGCUGUUCGCCGAGCAGGAGGAGCUGGUGCGGCACCUGGAGAAGGCGCACAUCGACCAGCGCAAGGGCGACGAGUUCACCUGUUUCUGGCAAGGCUGCCCUCGCCGGUUCCGCAGCUUCAACGCUCGCUACAAGCUGCUCAUCCACAUGAGGGUACACUCGGGGGAGAAGCCAAACAAGUGCACGUUUGAGGGCUGCACCAAAGCCUUCUCCCGGCUGGAGAACCUGAAGAUCCACCUGAGGAGCCACACGGGGGAGCGCCCCUACCUCUGCCAGCACCCGGGGUGCCAGAAGGCGUUCAGCAAUUCCUCGGACAGGGCCAAGCAUCAGCGGACACACGUCGACACGAAACCAUAUGCGUGUCAGGUAGCCGGAUGUACCAAACGCUACACUGAUCCAAGUUCUUUGAGAAAACAUGUAAAAAAUCACACUAAGGAGCAGCAGCAGCAAAAGAAAAAGCUGAAGAAGGACAAGCUAGAGGACAUGAAUACCUGUCUGACCAUACAACAGCUCAGGCCCGAGGGGUCACCCAUGGACUACAGUGACAACAGCAUGGGCAGGUCCCCACACACAGGACCCUCUGCUGAGAGUGUGUACCCUAGUUUUACCUUCUCAAGCUCCCACUCCAGUCGUUGUGGUACAGCAGCGGGCAGCAACAGCAUCAACAGCCAACUGUCGCCUGCAACACAGGCACUGGGGAGAUUGGAGGAAGGCAAUGAGAGUUGGGUUCAGGGGAUAUUGGAGGCUAAUGACAGCAUGGGCGCGUACAACUCUGAUAUCAUGAUGAGUCCGCGACCUCUGCCACCCAUUCCACCACGUAACAUGAUGUCACAACUACCUGACAUGCCAGGACAAUAUGAGCAUAAUUCAUGUCUGUACAGUCAGCCCAUGACAGAUAUGUCUGGCAUGCUCAGGCCCCAGUACCCCCAGGCAUACACAGGCUUCAGCAGUUGCAGGGUGGGGGCCAUGCAGGCCCAGAGGAUGAUGAACCUGCAGAGCUUUGACCCUGAUUCCUUCAACAUCCCACUCGAUGACAUCACACAGCCAGGUUAUUGUGACACCAACCUGAUGCCUUCAAUUGAAACCCUCGCCAUGCCCAGUGAGGUAACUAUGCAGCAGUAUCUCCAGCUGUCAGCUGUCGACCGAUGCAACAGCAGAACAUCCAUAUACGCUGACGGUACAACCUGAGCCCAUGUUCAUACGUCUGUUACGCUGUUGUUAGCAUAUGUAUAUGGUGUACAUAUGGUGUACAUUUAAACAAUGUUGUUGAAGGAAUUUUUGUUGAGCUUAAUCUGGUCCUUCAUAAUCCGGUGGUUGUGCAUAAUCUUUUUAUAAAAUUCAUUUUCAUUUUAAAUCAAUUAAAUCAGCUAUUUAUGCUUCUCUGUUCAAUAAUAUUUAUACUUCUGUAUUGGAUGUAUGUUUCUGUACAAAUAUGUCUAACAUAUGUGAAAAUAUUUCGGGGAAAAUUAGCCAAAAAUCGUGUUUUUUAAAAAUUAUCUUUCAGAAUCCGUUAUUGUUGACUUCCUUAAUAAAGCAUUUAAAAUUAUCCUAAAACUUAUCCAACAUAAGUCUCAUGUUAUACUUGUUAUAAAUGGGUUAAAAGCCUUUAUAGGGUCUUUGGUCUUAUUUAUAUUGUUAUUUUAACCCUUUCUGUACCACUGUCCCCAUACAGUAGGUCAGUUGAACAUUAUAAUGGCCAUGAGUGGCCGUGCCUGUUGUGAUACGUUUGAUACAGCUACAAAUGUUUUUUUUUUACAUAUUCUAUUUUAUUUACAUUAUUUUAUGCUUUUGAAACUCUAAAGUAAAAGAGCAGUAGUAAACCUAUUUUUGACAGUGGUUUUAGCUAUCUUUUCUUGGUUAAUAAAUAGACAUAUGCACAUAUUAUAUUUCACAAAGCUAGGACAUUUUUUACCCGUACCUACCCCCAUAUAUAUCAUUAAAAUAAAUCUUCAAAGACCGCCUCUUAUCCCAUCUUCUCUCAGAAAUCACAAGACAUUCCCAUUCCUUCCUGUUGCUUAAGACUGAGGUGGCCUAACUGGUGGCCUUUAAAAAAAAUAUUUCCAGCCAUGACAUUCCAGCCUCUCCCCAGAGGGAAUGUUACAUAAGUUUAUAGGCUUCUUCCCUAUCUACAUUAUUAAAUACCUUUUCAGUAUCUAUACAAAGUUUAUAUUAUUUUAGUAGUACAAGAAUGUUGGGGUUUUAUAUUUAAAUGAUGGUAACUACAUUAUAUUAAAUAAAAUUGAUCAUUACAUUAUACAUUUGUGACCAUUAGAAAAAACCAUAAAUGCCCUAUCAGUUAUAAGGAAAAUUGUUGACUUAUUUUUUUAACAAUUCAUACAGAAAUAUAGCAAAAUAAAAUUUAAAAAGUAGUCAAAUAUAACAUAUCCCUAUACUAUUACCCAACAACACAAUAUAAAAAAAUAAUUUAUUCCCUAACCACUUUGUGUUAUAUAAUAUGUGUAUCAUCCCUAUAUUGCCCAAUGUUUCUGGCUGAAAGGGUUAAAAAGCAAAUGACUUGCUUAGUUAAUGUAAUUUUAUUUACAUUUUUAUUUUUCACUUGUGUAUAAAACAUUUAUUACUUAAAUAUUUUUCAUAGUUAGUCGUUUUAUUAAUUAAAAUAAAUCUAGAAAACUGUAUAUUUUUUACACCAUAUUUUGGCAGCUGUAAAUAAUAGAUGUAAAAUAAAAUAAAUCAAUAUCAGUUCAAUUUAGAUGUUAGCUUCCACUUACUAGUAGACAUAGGAUGAAUUUUUUUUUUACCACCUACCUCAAAAUGAAAGCAUUCCAUCUGACCAUUACCUCGCUUGUGCUCAUGUUACACUUGAAUAUCCAGUAACCAGCAGAAUUUCUUGCAGAGUUUCAAGGCAUGUUUAUUUACUGAAAAUUGUGAUCGUUUCUAGUUUUCAUAAAGUGAUAGUUUUCUUCCUGUGGUAGUGCCUUUUUAUUUUAAAAGACACUUUGCCAGAUUGAAGGAAGAGAAAGGUUCGUGAACUUCCAAUACAAUGGCCAUUUUUUAUACAGCAGAGUCUAAGGUCUGCUUGAUUCAAUGUUUAGGCCUACUAUAAGAAUGAAAGAAAUUUUAAAAUUCUAAAUACUUAGCUUUUAAAAUGUGUGAUAAAUCAAUAAUUACAGUUUUAAAAUCAUCUUAAUCAUUUCAUAUUUUUAUCUCCAAUGAUAGUGGACUAUACUGUUGAAAAAUAGGAAAAAUCAUUUUAAAUCAUCAAUUUAAAUCUAUCUGUACAUCAAUUCAAUUUUUGUAUUAACCUGUAUUCACAUUGCAAUUAUAGUUUAACUGUAGCUUUUAAAACUUGAUCUUAACUGGCAUGUAAAAGCUUUAGUUGAAUAUGGCCUACAGGGGCAUGGCCAGAUUUUCAGGGAUGAGGGGCAGCAAUGGCAUAGAAAUGUCCACCUUCUUCUCCAACAAAAAUCGUCCAGCUAAUAGCUCAAUAAUAAAUGUCAGCUUGAUUUUUAAUAUAUUGAAAAUACAUUUCUGAAAAGACGCAGCUUGCUGAAGAUCUCAGGAAGAAAGCCAUCUACCUUACCCCUACUCCGCUACCAGAGUUUCUUCCAGGCAUC